AUGCGCUUCACGCUCGCCACUGUCGUCGCCGCCCUCCCCUUCCUUGUCGGUGCUAUGCCCACGCCCGACGCCAGUGUUCACAUUCCCAUCUCGAAGCGCUCGACAAUCGUCGACCGGGAGGGCGUCAUCGUCAAGGAAAAGCUGGUCGCUCACCUUAACCACGUCAAGGCUAAAUACCAACGUGGUUUUGAGGCGUACGAGCGCAACACCGGCAAGCCCCACGCUCUGGUCGCUGGUCGUAACAUCAAGCGUGCUCAGGGUACGGAAAAGUUGACGGAUGACGAGUCCGAGCUUUGGUACGGCUCCAUCUCGGUCGGCACCCCCGCCAAGACCUACACCGUCGACUUCGACACCGGCUCAUCCGACCUCUUCCUCCCGGGUCCUAGCUGUGGCUCUACCUGCUCCGGUCACACAAAGUACGACCCGUCUUCGUCCUCGACGUCGAAGAGCACCGGAAAGUCCUUCUCUCUUGCGUACGGUGACGGCUCCACCGUCUCGGGCACGCAGUAUACCGACACCGUCUCCAUUGCUGGUCUCACCGCGACCGGCCAGCGUCUCGGCGCCGCUAAGACGUACUCGUCGGGCUUCGAGUCGUCCGAGUUCCCUGCCGACGGUCUCUUGGGCAUGGCCUUCCAGUCGAUCUCGGACUACAACGCGUCGCCUGUGUUCCAGAGCCUUGUCUCUCAGGGCGAGACCUCGUCCUCCGUCUUCGGGUUCAAGCUCACCUCGUCCGAUGCUGGCCUUACGGUCGGUGGUGUCGACAGCUCGGCGUACACCGGGAGCUUCCACUACACGCCCGUGACGCAGGAGGGCUACUGGCAGGUCACCGCGGACUCGAUCAACGGUGGUGGAUCCGAGGUCCUCACGAACGUGGACGCGAUCGUGGACAGCGGGACGACGCUUAUCGUCGGGCCGCCGUCUGAUGUUGAAGACUUCUACUCUCAAAUUGGUGGCAAGGAUGCGUCUAGCACUGUCGGAGAUGGUUAUUAUACCUUCCCCUGCAGCAACAUCCCCGACGUUUCCGUCUCCAUCGGCGGCGCGACGUUCGACAUCGCGUCGACGUUCAACCUCGGCAAGGUGAGCUCGGGCUCGAGCCAGUGCGUCGGCGGCAUCGUCGGCCAGGACAUCGGCACGGACUUCUGGAUCCUCGGCGACGUGUUCAUGUCGAACGUCUACACCGAGUUCGACUACGGCAACUCGCGCCUUGGUUUCGCCAAGCUUGCUUGA